CACAGACAACAAAAGGAUAGCAGUUGUGGCAAGUCAUUCUUUCAAAAAAAAUUUACGCAGUGAGCAGGUCUCUUAAAGUUGAAAAAAGUUCAAAUUAAAUUCCAAGACCAGGUAACGAAUAAUAUGGUCCCAGUUACAAAGCCGAACACCAAGGAGGUGCAAUGCCAACUCGCGCCUUGUGAUGAAUCAAAUCUGCGUGCAGAUAUAAUUUUAACACCAAGGAGCGGACGCGUUGGUAUCUUCAAUGCCAAGGACUUUUUAUCCCGUGCCCAGAUGAAUGACAAGAUCAACAACAUCUUGCGUUCGCCUACCAAGGCUCCCAAUGGGGUUCGCCAGCGCUCUGUCUACACCAACAACCCAUCGCCGACUUCGAUGCGCUUGUCUGGAACGGCUUCUUCGCUAUCAUCGCGCAUGAGCAGCAUGUCGCUGAACAGCGGCAGCGCAAGUGCAAGUGUGGGCACCAACACUGCCGUGUUGGCCAAGGAGUGUUCCAGCCAAACCAACUCUAACGUUGGUGGCCGUGGCUCGUUCCGUCGACUAGGCUUAUCUAUGCACCAAUCUCAACCAAUGCUGACAGCAAUUGCUCCAGAUCUCGAGCCCAUUGUACAUGGAGCCAAGGCGCUGACUGCUCGCUUCACUUCUUCAAGUGGCUAUGAAAAUGACCGUGCAUAUUGUGUGCCACCGCAGCCGCAAGUACACCACACAAAGCAGUUUCCAUCGCCUAUGCCCCCACCACCUCAUGCUUUAGGACGCAUUUGUGCUCGCCCAUUUGAAUUUUCAAACAGUGCCCCACCACAACCGCCACCGGCCUGCCCUGGAUCAGGUCCAAUAGCUAUGUGUAACGGCACCAUUCAGCUGCGUCUUCGCGAGGGAAUUCGCAUUGAUAUGACCCUAGAUAAGGCGGUGCGCGUCUUGAAUCAACGUAGCAUGGUCGCAGUCUCCUUGUCGCGUAAUGGCACCAAUUCGGCUUUAAUCCAUCCCAAUGGUCGCAUUCUCCAGAGCGGUUCGAAGGUUGAAAUUGUCACAUUCGAUGGCAUGAAGACCAAUAAUUUUGUGCGAUAUGCCAAGAUGUGGUACAAGGGUGUAAGCUUCACCAGCGAAUCUUGUGCUUUGGUUUAUUUGGUCGACACCGCUGGAACACGCACAACAACAGAUACUUUCACUGACCUGACCAAGGAUUACACUUUGGCAGUGUUUUAUGACGACUCACGUCACGGUCCCUCUUUUAUGGCGGAUGCACAAGAAGUUGUUUGCAAGUCGACAUAUACUUGCGCCGACGACGGCACCGAAAUGUACGACAUCAAUGGUUUUCGCAUCAUCCAGGCUGCCGAUGGCCUGGUGAAGGUUUCUCGUCAGCACAACAAAGGAUUCAUUCGCACCAGCCCCGGUAAUGGAUCCGUUACUCUGACUACUCUUGGCAUUCAUUGCACUGCUUCAUUGGGAAAGACUUCGCAUCUGUUUUUGCGUCGCAAUGAGAAGCGCAUGCACUUCGAUGGAUCCAAUUUCAUAGUGCGCAAUGCCGGACACUCGGCUGGAUUUAAUGAGAACAAUCUUUUGAUUGUUUACUAACUUGGCCAUCCUAAACACAACAGCACACUCAUACAACACAAACACACAGAUA